AUGGCCGUCGUCUUUGAUCGCGCACCGGUCCGGCUGGCUGGUUUAUUUUCGAGGACGGCCAAGCAAGAGGGUGCCGAGUACCGUGGUGGAAUCGCCAUCACGGUCGGUUCCUGGUCUGCGAUUGCCAUGGGUGCGUACGAGGAGCUUCGGACGUACAAGUCGUUGUUUGCUUUUGGGGUCAUACAGGGUCCUCUGGUAGAGUUUGGCUGCGCUGAGAUCAAAGGCGUUGCAGGUGGCUUUGGGUACAAUUCGCAUCUUACGUUAUCCGACGUUGACCAUGUCACCAACUUUCCUCUCGUUGCCAUGAACAAAGGACUCGCAGAGCCAAAGGGCGACAUUAUGCUUCAACUGAUAGAGCUAACCUCAGGUCCUGGGAUGCAGUGCAUCACUCCCGAAAAAGAUUCGCUGUGGCUCGCGGCUGGAAUCUCAAUCAAGGCCUUGCAAGUGUUAGACGUACUCGCCGUUCUUGCCUUGGACCCUUCUUCAGACCCAAAGUUUGGUCUCAUUGCCGAGGCCACUGCUAUAAUCCCGAAAGGAGUAGACCGCGAGAAGGCUUUUGUUGUCAUCGAGCUGCAUCUUAUCGCCGUUGUUGAUCCCGGCCACGGUCUUCUCACAGUGACUGGGCAGUUGACACCUCGGUCCUACAUUCUCAGCCCUUCAUGCAGUGUCACCAGUGGAUUCUGUAUAGCAUACUUCUUUGAGGGCUCUGGACAUGAAGGGGACUGGGUAUUGUCUAUCGGUGGCUACCAUCCAGGCUUCCAGGUUCCUGCCCACUACCCACCAACGCCCCCUAGACUCGGAAUUUCAUGGGUCUAUGACAACGAAUUAAGCAUCAGAGGUGAGGCUUACUUUGCCAUCACUCCCGCCGCUUGCAUGGGAGGGGGUCGGCUAGAUGCAGUCUUCUCCACUGGUCGAACCAAGGCGACUUUCAGCGCCUACACGAACUUCCUCAUGUACUUUCGCCCGUUUCACUUCCAGAGCGAGAUUGGUGUUAGCGUGUAUGCCUCCACAGUCAUCGGCUGGCGCUGGUUCAGCGUGGAGAUACAAGUCGAGAUCAGUGCUAUGCUGGAGCUACAUGGGCCACCUAUAGCUGUCGUUGCCCACUUGCACUUCUGGUUCCUUGAGAUAUCCGUACGCUUCGGCCCAGAUUCUCCUGGCGUGCCCAGACUUACCACUUCACAAUUCCUGGCCAUGAUCAAGCAAGCCGAGAACGAUGAGGAGGCAGCGAGAGUAGAAGACCAUUUGUUCAGCAUCCAGAGAGGCGAAAUCGCCAAUGAUCAAAACCUAGUCAAGAAGGAUCCAGUCCUCGAGGAACAUGUCGUGCGAGCAUCACAGCUGCAGCUCAACAUUCAAUCGAGGUUCCCGAUCUUGGACGCGGCCUGUAAUAACAAGCCUGCUGCAAUACAGAAUUUCGACAGCAUCUUUAUCAGCCCAAUGCAAAUUGCAAGCCCCGUCACAACGUCGACUUUGAAAGUCAUAGUUACAGAGACUGAUACUAAUAACUACCCUGCGUUUUCAUGCACACCAAUAAUCAAGAAAAUUCCCUCAAUGAUGUGGAAAAAGUACGAGGGUGAUAUCAAUCCCAGUUCACUCGGUAACUCUACCAACAAGACUUUCGCAAUGGGUAUUAUGAUCGAGCCAGAGAAAAGCGCGCCAUCGAAUGAGGGCCUUGCCGCGUACUCGGUGAUCAAAUUCUCAUCUGAGAGCAUUUUCCAUCCUGUCCCUGAAAUCAAAUCACUUGAAACGGCACAGAUGACAGUCUUUCUAGAUUCUCAGAGCUCACAGAAUGACGAAAUGACAAGGCAAAGAGUCAAGCAAAUCUUCGGAGAUUCCCAAGUCGGGGUAGCACAACAAAAUGUCUUGGAUUGUUGGUCAUUGUUUAAGGCCAGGUACACAGGAGGCGGUUGGCAAUUCGCAUCACCCAAACCAUCUCCUGCAAGCAAAGCAACAAUGCCUCCAGACAUAAAUGCUAUGCUAAGAGACAGGUUCGCUCAGGCUUUACCAGUUAUUCUUGGAUAA